AUGGGAUUUUUGAGUGGUGUGCUUGGUGCGGUGAAAAACACUCAGACAUACAAUGUGGGUAGAAAAACAUUACAAAACUUGGUAAGUGAUGAAAUUAACAAACAUCUUUGCUCAGGGCACGAUGGUUUCACUACGCUCCUUCCCCGUCUGACUAAUGAGAUCGGGAAGUACAACACAGAAGUGAGAGACUCCAAUGAGAAAGUUAAGAAGCCCAUUGAAGAGUUGUUAAAUCAGGUGGGUGAUGCAUUUAUGAACAAGGUACAAAAUAUAUUGCCGCAGGAAAAUGAGGGUGAAGAUCCCGAGAAAGUGCAGGCGGCGGAGAAGCAGAUUAAGAAUAUGUUUCGAGACGAGAUAAAAACAUUCAAUAACACGUUUAAUAACGCAUAUAAUUUCACUACUAAAAUUGAAAAAACAGACAUGAAAAUUGCAAUUAAUUAUUUGAAUUCCUCGUUGCAGCUUAGAGUGAAACACGGCGUCAGUAACGUGGCUCAUGAGAUUAAGCGGCUGGAGCAGGUGGCGGAUAAGGAGCAGAAGACCUUCGAGUCCGCUGAGAAAAAAGUAAAAGAGGUGAUGAAAACACUCAAAGAGGGUGUAGAUGCAAAAAUUGCUAAUCAUGUGCAUAGGCUGGUGGAGCAAUUGAAAGGUAAGGUGCAGGAGAUAUUAGAUGAUUUGAAGAGCAUCAAUGGUUCGCUAGUUAACUACAUAAAUCAGAUGCAGGGGUGGAUUGAUAAGGCACAAUUAGCUAUUGAUGCAGCGUUGGAGAAAAUUGACUUCAUUUUUAAAGAAGUUAAUGAAGGUGAUUCAUAUAAGAAUCCGAAGCCAAUGAAGGAGGCAGCGGAGGCGUUGAAGAAACAGGCUCAGAUACUGUUCGAAGUUGGUAACGAAGUUAAACAGAAAAUUGAGGAAUUGGUACCUAAGGCUAAGGUGUUAGUAGGGCAGUUGGACCUCGCGAUUAGAGGAGAUUUGAAUGACGCGAAAAGUGCAAUUCAGGUGGGGAUUAGGGAAUAUGUUGAAAAGCUGGGUAGUGCUUUGAAGGCCGGUAUGGAAGCAGCUAAGGGUGAUUAUGACGGCAGUAAACCGGGGCUUAGGGCAAUAAAUGAAGCUUUAAAGAAGAAUAAGUUGCAACCGUGGCUUGAGAAAAUUAAAGACCUCAGCGUUGUUGGUAUGAAUAUGGAAUUUGCGCUCAUUGAACUUCACAAGCAUUUGCAUCAUCAUAUGAAAUCAUUAUCACAGGAAGAUGAGCUAAGAGAUGCCCUCACGUCCGAUCUCAUGGCACCCGUAGAGGAGCGGUUGCCGAACGACGAUUCCACUCCAGGGAAAGUCGAACUUAAUCCCAAGAAGUUUCCUUUUUAUUGCGGCACUGGCAACGGCAAAAAACAAGCCCUCGAAAAGGCCAUCCUAAAAAUUCAAGAGGAUAUAACUGCCUCUUUAGCAAACAUCACGCAACACAAAGUUGAUGCGGAAUAUCAAUUAGGGGUAAUUACCAAUAAACUGACUGCCCUCUGCAAGGCCGUGAGGGAUCACGGCGAAGGUGCGAAAUUCCACUUGGACACUUUUAAGAAACACAACAUCAAGGGUACGCUUACAAAGCUUAAAGAAGAUCUCGACGAACUGCAAGGCAAGCUGUUACAUGGUCCCAUACAGAACGCUGAAAACUUCGUCCGAAAAGAAGCCACCGCAGCCGAGAGACACUGCGUCGAAGAACUCAAAGAAGAGGUACGCAAAGACAUCAAAAAUGCCGAAGACAAACUGACCACUUUUGCCCGCAAGCAUUAUGUUUGCGCUAUCAAAGAAUUGUUCACAUCAUUCGCUGAGAGGGUGAAGAAGGAAUUCCAAUCUCUGCCGAAUUCUCUAGAUCUUGAUUUGAAUGCGGGUCUCAAAGGGUUCAUGGGCAGAAUGGCAACUACAUUCAUUCCUAACGUUAAACCAAUUGAUGCUCUGCCCAACUCUGACUCUGUGUUAGCUACUCAGCGAGAAUCUGCCCUCAGUCAAAGCGCCGCAAUACUGAAUACGGCAGUUAACCUGUUUGUUCGUGCUCUGAAGGAACAAAAAGAAUUCAUGGCUGACUUGAAACUUAUUAAGCCCGUGCACGACGCCUUGGACAACUUGCUUAGUGGCCUUGUAACUUCGCAGUGCUACGAUCAUACAUUUAGCGACAAUUUGAACGCUUUCAAAAGUGCUUUCGAAGGAUUCAACCCAUCCAAAUUCGGUGAGCCUACGACUGUGCUUACUCAGGCACUCAAAGAGGGACUCAAGGGGCUGACCAAAGAGCUAGGUAAAGCCUAUGUUAAUCGGUACUCCGGACUGACGUACGACGAGACCGACGCAGCAAAAUAUGCCAAAGCGUUCUUGACGCUCCUUUGCAUCGUACACGAGGAUCUCGAUACAUUUAGUAAGCAGUGUAAGAGCAACGGCGCUUGGUAUGACAAGCAAUGCUGUGCGAUUGAGAAUCGCCAAGGCAAUCCGUUUGGCCAGUUCAUGGAGCGGUGUGGAUUUGACGUUGCCAGCAGUGAGACUUCGAAGGACGGUGAAUUAAAGCAUCCGUCCGUCAGCUUUACCGGUAAACACAUCUACCAGAAAGUACUUGAGCAGCAAUUCACCGACGCGGAGCGGAUUAAACAUCUCAAAAGUUGCGAGUCAAAUGGACACAUGAAACGUAAUAACUUUGAUCUGCUUGAUAUUACUCAGUGUCUGUUCCACCAUGCAGAGAAGUACAACGAACUGUGUCACAUACCCACUGCGUCAUCAACCAAAGUGCCAAGCAGCAUAUACGAUAUGCUCAUAUGGUUUUGUAGUCUACCCUACAGUGCCGUCUAUCCAACGCUGCUACGUGACACCAUAAGUGAACUACUUACUGACAAAGCUAAGCAAAAGCCACAGCAGCACGACGGGCUGGAGUUCACAUUCAUCGAUCCGGCGUCGCAAUCCCUAGCAGCGUACCCAAACAACAUACCGUACAGUGAAGUUGUCUCCGCACUGGAACAUCUGUGUUCCAAAUCGCACGAUGUUCUCACUUGCAUCGUAGGCUACGGCGACGCAUACAGCACCUACGGCAGCGACUAUUGCAAUAAUUCAUUUGGAUUUAAGUAUCCCUCCUCAGGGGAGGAUUGUUUGCAGAUGAUCACUGAUCUCCUUCGUCGGCUUCUCCAUUGUCUUCGUUUUCUGCAUAAACAGUGCGGCGUAACAGCCAAGCUCAACGGUUGGUCCGACUGCAUAUUCGGCAAGGACGUUAAGUCAGCCAAAUGGGAGUGCAAAGAUCACUCAACCGACGAACCUAAUUGCCAAGCAAACGACAAGGCAACGUGCCAACCAACUUGCCAAGCAAAGUCGCCCCUUCAGUCCUACCUGACCGAUUGCUUAUAUGGUCACUUGCCUCAUCAACUCACCAGUGUUGGAUGUAAAUCAACGUGUAAGUCGUGUCCUGGUAGCGCACCAGGGAUGCCGUGUUUAACGCCUCUCGGGUUUAGGGCCUUUUCCGGCUCCACUCGCAAGGGUACGGACCUAUGCGAGGUGCUCGAUGCAUUCUUCUCUAACGAUUAUCUGUCAUCGCUGUUCACGCUAGCUCCGCGCCCGCCGGCAACACUGCCGGAGCAUAUCGGAUUUGCGUUGUCACUAGCAGCGGCGCUUAAUGCUCGGAAGCCAGUCACGAAGCCCGCUCAAGAAUCGUUCAGCGAUGCAUUCGAGAAGUCCAUCAAGGAAGCCACCAUCAGCCUUCAUGAUAAUCCCUCCGAUUAUACUGCUGCCGUUAAGAAUGCCUAUAAUAAUAACCGAAGUCACGACGGUACUAGGCAUCUCCCAGCGACGGAGGCGGACGUGUUCACGCUCAUGUUCCCAUCAACUUGUUUGCGUGCAAGCGGCGACACGCUGUACUGCGCUCCAUACCUGUGUACGCUAGGCAUAGAUACGCAUUAUUAUCUUGCCUACCAACAUACGAAUCUCUAUCUGUCAUGGACGGUGUAUCUGCCCUGGACAUUUUAUGCAUACCUUAGAAGUCUACUUGAGGCCUUCAAAAAUAUUUCCUGCCAGGAAUGGGAGUGCAGCAGAUGUAUGCAUCGUGGUAAAUGCAAGAAGGGCCAGCAUGGUGUCGACUACAACUGCCAGUGCAAAGGUAUAAUAGAGUGCCGUGGCGUAAGUAGCGCAUUCCACAAAUACGGAUUUACGCAUGGUGACCCUGCAACUUUGUCUAAGGUGGAAGGGAAACGAUAUUGCCACAACUUCUACCACCAACUCGUUAACGUCUUGAAAUCGAAUUGCUUUGCUAAGUUAUUUGAUAAAUGCGACGAAUUCCUCUGGAUCAUCCGACAACCGUUCACCUACCUUGUUCUCGCACUCUGGUCACUCUCCCUCUUCUACCUCAUCUGCGUCAUGGUUGGCAGACUGGAUGUGCUCCACAUCAAAUCACACCUGAGGAUACCGUCAUCACACAAGAUAACGGCGCAAUCAUUGCUGGCUGCAGCGCAAGUCGGAAGGCUUGCCAAGAUAUCGUAUCUACAACCGUGA